AUGAUUCAGCAAGUACCCUGCAAGGUAUUCGUGGGACGCUGUACGGAAGACCUUACCGCUGACGAUCUGCGCGACUAUUUCUCCAAAUACGGCGAAGUGACGGACGUGUUCAUCCCAAAACCUUUCCGUGCAUUUUCAUUUGUUACUUUCUUAGAUCCCGAGGUAGCCCAGUCACUGUGCGGCGAGGAUCACAUUAUCAAGGGCGUCUCGGUGCACGUGUCGAACGCCGCGCCGAAGUCCGAGGGGAACAAUAAGAAUUUCAAUAACCAAGUGAACUCGAACAUGCGGAGGGGCGCGCCGGGCCCCGUCGAGAAUAACGUGCAGGGAAACUAUCAGGGGAACCGGUACAUGGGUCACUCAGGCAACAACAUGGGCCCGAACGGAUGGAACAAUCCAGGUAACCGCGGCAACCUGGACAUGCCGAAUCUCCAGGCGCUCGGUAUCACCGGGCAGAAUAACGGCGGCGGCGGCGGUGGCGGUAUGUCGAAUCCGUUGGCGAUGGGUGGGCUGAACCUGUCCGCGUUACCGGUCAACCCGGCCCUGGUUGCGGCCGCGCUUAACCAAGCAUCUUGGGGCCUGAUCGGUAACUUGCAGAAUCAGGGAAACGAUCAGGGGUAUUCGAACCAGCCUGGCCCACCUGGUCAGCCGCCCUCCGGCAACAAUAGUAUCGGUAACAGUGGCAACUCUGGUUUUCUCAGUUGGAUGAAUCAGGGUGGCGGUGAUGGUAAUACUGGCAAUCCUGGAACAGGUGGUCCAGGCCCGAAUAAUCCGAACGCGUCCCAAGGUGCUUGGCAGAACCAUCCCGGGCAGCGUGAUCAGAAAUCGAACACCUUUCUCAAGUACGAAUAA